AUGGUAUGUAACUCAUUGUGUAGUCUGUUUGACCUGACGUACAUAUCGGAGUUAUGGCAGUACACUAAAACGUUAUGUCAUCCAGGAACGUUUCGCCACGAAGAUGAGGGUAAGCCUGUGCAAAGACUGAUAGAUCCUACUACCGUGCCGAAAGGGAAAAGCUAUUUUGGUCAUGAUGAUCGCGGUGAGGAAAAGCAAUGGCGGGGCCGUAAUGCAUACGAUCCACGAAUUGACCUGGGGCCGAGACGUGAUCGGCUCACUGGGUUUCGCGGAUAUGGCGGCAGAGACAGGUAUGAACGGCGAGAUCGUGAUGGUGGACCGAAUAGGCCUUAUGGCUCACGCUCUGCAGCUGAUGGGGUUUGGACACAUGACAAGUACAUUGAAUUGGAAGGCGAAGAAGGUAGUGACAAUGAGCGCAAGACAGGCGUGGAGGUUGUUGUGGAUCAAAGUUCAAAAUCGAAGUCGAGGCGGCGGAUUCAUGAGGAUGAUGACGAUGUUCCUGAGAGACAUUGA